CUCAACUCAUCUGAUUUUUUCAACUCAAGAUCACAGUCUUCAGUAGUUAUGGAAGGAGACAUCCCGCAGAAGGACGAACUUCAGGCCCGAGCUAUGGAGGGCCGUCCCAUCACUCAGUCUGAAGCAUCCACCAUCGCCGCCAACGAGUCCGACAUGACGGGUCGUGGUCCCAUCAAAGGUGGCACUGCAGCGACUGCUCAGAGUAUCCAUGACCGACAGCAACACUUUCUGGAGAAGGCGGGCGAUAUUGCUCGGAAGCCUAUUGACGAGAUUACGAAGAAGGACGCAGCCGAGGUGCAGAGUGCAGAGGCUCGGCUUACAGGAGCACCUGUAGGAAGAGGGUCAUUUUCAUCAGAUGUUCAGUCGGUGGCUGAUCAGAAUGCGAGGGCAACUGGGGAGUAG